UGAUUAUCAAAGUGCAAUCAGACAGCAAGGAUCAGUCCAAAGUUCAUUAGUGUGAAAUACUAACAGACUGAGAGAGACGGCAGAGAUUCGAGACAGGGUGACGGGAUAACAUCUGAAGAUUAUAUGUGUUGGUAGCCAAGAUAGUAAAGGCAAAACUACACAGACAGAAGAAAAUAGAAAUUGACGAACAGGACAGGUUCAUCUGACUGAGAUAUCUGCUGGGAGACGAUGGACAUCCUUGAAACAGAUGCCUAUGACAGGCGGCAGAGGAGGAAUAUGUCCUGUGCUCUCCUUUUUUCUCUUAUGCCUUUCUUUUUAUCUGCCGCCCUCUACUUCUACCUGUGGACCCCUGAGUCGCCUGCGUCCAUCACGACUGCAGGUAUCAAAUCAGCACCAACACUCCUAUUGGCUGCAGUAGUGCUGAGCUGGAAUGGAGGUCAGAGUGUCCUGGGUGUGGCAGGAGGACUGGUGUUUUCUGCUGUAGGUGACUGGUGCCUGGUAUGGCCUGAGCUCUUCAUACAUGGAAUGGGUGCAUUCGCUGCAGCUCAUCUGCUGUACUCGUUCACCUUUGUCUCCACUCGUUAUGCAGCAUAUUCUUCUUCCUCCUGGAACCGUUUUUUUUAUCUGAUCCUGAUAACGGGUGGAGUAGGUUUCUACAUCUACAUAUAUCCAUUCCUGCAGAAGGCGCCACACUCAGACAUGCUCAUUCCAGCUGUAGUGGUCUACGUUGCCUUAAUCAAUCUAAUGGGGUCGUUAGCCAUCAGAACUCGCCACACAGCGACAAUACUAGGAAGUUUGUCCUUCAUGGUGUCUGACAUGGCCGUGGCUUUGCAAGUUUUUAAGGUGACACCAAUGAAGAACGGUCAGAUUUUUAUCAUGGUGACAUAUUAUUUGGCACAGCUACUUAUAGCUGUUGGCGAUGUAAAGGCAGAGAACAAAGAUGACUUUGGAAAAUGGAAGAGGUCCUAAACAGCAUCCCUGUGGCACCCCUGAAGUUUGAAGUAUCUCCCUCACCAUGAUUAAAAUCCUAAAACUGCCAAUAAAGACUUCUUGUAGGUCUUGGAGUUUGGAGUUGUAAGUCUUGGCAAACACAUCAAAUGGAGAAGACGACAAUAAACAGGACGAGAACAGUUCUGCUACUGGUCAGACUUGACAUCUACUGACUGAGUUCAAAUGAUGCAGAGUAAAAGAAAAUAUCUUACUGUGUUGC